AUGGAAGAAGCACCAUUCGAUCUUGAUUUGGAUAAGAUACUAACAGAUCCACAUACAGAUCUGAUGUUAUCCAGUAGCAGCUCCGCAGAUGUUUAUAGUCCAUUCCUGUUAGAUGAUGAUCCUAACUUUGUAGAAAAUUCGGAAUCGGACGGGUCGUACACAUCGGCAUUGCCAUAUUUAGAUGGUCCGAAUUGUUUGUUGGAUAGCUUGUGUUCGCAGUUAGAUACACAAGAGAGUAUUGUUGAGGAGGAACAUUCCUAUGCGUCCGUUCGAACAAAAUCAUCGGCGUCUUCGACAUAUGAAGGAAGUGAUUUCUCCGUGAUUUCAUUUCUACAGAACACGGAGGAACAAUUUGACGUACUUCAAGAAGCAAGUAGAGGAAUUCUUGAAGAUUGGAACUGUGAACAAAACUGUUUGCCGCUGCCACAAAGAGAGAUUAAAACAGAUCAUGUUUUAAAAGCAGUCUACUCCACAUCUUCAAUCGCUUCUGCACAUAAAGCUAAUCGAUUCAGUAUAGCUGAUAUUAACAAGAAGACAAGACCACUUGUUCGAAUUGGUCUGGGAGAAAUAUCUUUAGAGAAACGAAAAUACCCACCACUAGUAUUGACUGAUGAAGAAAAGAAAUUGUGUAGAAAGGAAGGGAUUCGGUUACCAGAAUAUUAUCCUUUGACAAAAGCAGAAGAAAGAGAACUGAAGCGUAUACGUCGAAAAAUCAGAAACAAACACUCGGCUCAGACAAGUCGGAAGAAAAAACAAGAUUACAUUGAAGCAUUGGAGGACCGUGUGGAAAAUUGCACUCAAGAGAACGAAGAACUGAAGAAACAGGUAGAACAUCUCAAAACACUAAAUUCAACGUAUUUAUCGCAACUGCGAAAAUUACAAAGUAUGGUUGCUAAUGGGUCAAAACGAAAAGUGCAUGCCGGUACUUGCCUUGCGGUAUUAAUGCUUUCAGUAUGUUUACUUGUUCCGCCGCACUUGUCACCUUUGUCGAAAAAGCGUAAUGAAGAAGAAGCAGAACAGAUCACAUCAUCAGUAGUUCAAUUUCCAAAACCGACUCCCCCACUUGCAGGACGUUCGAGAUCACUUCUGCAGUUCGUGAACUCUGUUACUGAUAAAUUUGAUGUUGAUUUUUGCGAUGAAGAAGAAUAUGAAGAUGCUUCUGCUACCAAGGCAGAGGAUCAAUUGGUGACAUUCAAGAAUAAUUCAUUAAGACGCAGGGAGAAGCACGUGAUGUUUUGGGAUGACAAUGUAACAUUGAGAGCGAAGCCGCGUCUUGUUGACAUGAGAAACAGAGAUAUGCCGAAUUAUGAAUGCGCCAGAAUCGGAAGCUACGAACGAAAACGAAAAACUUUGCCUCAAAAAAAACUCUACUCAACUUCACCAGACAAUCAUAAACCAUGGAUACAGACAAUGAACAGUGCGGAAUAUAAACAUGCAAAACUAUCUAAUGGCUCAAUGCUUCGUGUUUAUACAAAUCCUGGCAGUUAUGUUUCAAUGGAUGCAAAACGUUUCAAAAUACAGCGAGCAUGA